AUGUCGAUUCAAAAAAUCGUGAUUCAUCGAUACAACGUAGAUCAGCCGCAACCGUUGUUAGAAGUACAAACUUCGUCGAAACAUCGGUUCGCAGAGUUCGCCGGAGGAACGACGGCGGAGUGUGCGGUUGUGUGCUGCUGUAUUCCGAUAUCGUUAGUGAACUUGUUCGUUCUGGCGGUGUACGGUGUUCCGGCAGGGUUGUUUCGGAAGGCGAUGAGGAGGAAACGACGUCGUAGGGUUUUGAAGAAAGGAUUGGUUAUUGAUGACGGUGAUUUGAGUGGUUAUGAUCGGAGUAGUUGCGACGGAGCGGAGUUGCUGAUCCGGUACGACGCGGCGGAGAUGUUGAUCGGAUCGCCGGUGAUGAAACCGGUGGUGGUUGAUAGUGACGUCAUUGAAUUGGAGAAUGAGAUGUGGGGGAGGUUUUAUGGAACGGGGUUCUGGAGAAGUGUUUCUCAGAGAGUUGAUUGA